GGGGGAGGACAGAGCGGCCCAGGCUCUCCUUCAGAUCCGGCUUCUGAGGCUCCGCCUUCUCACGAUGGCGGCCGUUCGGCUGCGGAGGGCCGGCCGGGGCAGGAGACACCCAUGAGCCGCGUCCCCCGCCGCCCUCCUUUCCUUUCGCCGGAGGCUCGAGCGUGGGAGGAUGCUGCCGGCUCUGGCCGCUCAGCGGAAGGGGUGGCGCUGCGUUUACCAGCUCCGUCUGCUGCGGCGGCGGGGCCGGUGCCCGCCGGUCUGCCCCGGGUGGCAAAUACCUAUUAAACCUGGAAGUCUCUUGGCCAUUCUGCCAGGUAGUCGUCUGCCUCAUGCCUCAAGUCAAUUAAGAGUUUAUUCCUCCAGUGAUCAGAAGAACAGCACAAGAGCACAAGAUGCAAGUUCUUCAGCCUCAGAAGGCAGUGCACAGAAAACAGCAACUGCCCGAGAUGCUAUCAAUCAGAUUCCUUUCCCACAGCAACCAAUUCAAGUAAAAGUGAAAGCUGUGCUUAAAAAGAGGGAAUAUGGACCAAAGUACACAAAGAAUAACUUCAUCACUGGCGUCAGAGCAAUAAGUGAAUUUUGCCUGAAGUCCAGUGAUCUUGACCAGCUUAGGAAAAUCAAACGGCGAAGCCCUCAUGAUGAUACCGAAGCUUUCACUGUGUUUUUGAGAUCAGAAGUAGAAGCUAAAUCUUUAGAAGUCUGGGGAAGCCCAGAGGCUCUUGCUCGAGAGAGAAAAAGGCGCAAAGAAGCUGAAAGAGAAUACAUGGAAAAAUUAUUUAGAAGCCAGAAGUUGUUGAGGGAAUACAGAAAUUUCCAAGGAGAAACUAAGCCACGCUCCCGCACAUCAGCUAUAUUUCUGAGUGGACCAGGAAAAGUGGUGAUGGUUGCUAUUUGCAUAAAUGGCUUGAAUUUUUUCUUCAAACUUCUUGCUUGGGUUUACACAGGUUCUGCGAGCAUGUUCUCUGAAGCCAUACAUUCCUUAGCAGAUACUUGCAAUCAAGCCUUGCUUGCAUUGGGAAUCAGUCAGUCUGUGAGGAUACCAGAUCAAAGCCAUCCGUAUGGCUUCACAAACAUGCGCUACAUUGCAUCCCUGAUUAGCGGUGUUGGCAUUUUCAUGAUGGGGGCAGGGCUUUCGUGGUAUCAUGGGAUUAUAGGUUUACUCAAUCCUCAACCAAUAGAAUCUCUCCUUUGGGCUUACUGUAUUUUGGCAGGAUCUUUGGUGUCAGAAGGAGCUACUCUCCUUGUAGCUAUAAAUGAAAUUCGAAGGAGUGCUCGAGCCAAAGGAUUAUCGUUCUACCACUAUGUUAUUCAGGCUUGUGAUCCCAGUACAAAUGUAGUGUUGUUAGAAGACAUGGCAGCAGUUCUGGGCGUGACGCUAGCUGCUACUUGUAUGGGGCUGACCUCCCUAACCGGUAACCCCUACUAUGACAGCUUGGGCUCUCUGGGCGUGGGGACUUUGUUAGGAGUUGUAUCAGCGUUCCUCAUCUACACUAACACAGAAGCCCUGCUGGGCCGAUCCAUCCAGCCCGACCGGCUUCAGAGGCUGACUGAGUUGCUGGAGUGUGACCCUGCCGUGCGAGCAAUCCACGAUGUUAAAGCUACAGAUAUGGGGAUGAACAAAGUGAGAUUCAAGGCGGAAGUAGACUUUGAUGGACGGGUGGUCACUCGGUCUUACCUGGAGAAACAAGACAUUGAGCAGCUACUACAAGAGAUCCAGCAGGUGAAAACUCUUGAAGAUUUAGAAGCUUUCAUGCUUAAACACGGGGAAAAUAUAAUUGAUGCUUUAGGAGCAGAAGUAGACAGGCUUGAAAAGGAUCUCAAGAAACUGAAUCCUGAAUUACGGCAUGUAGAUCUGGAAAUACUGUAGUCUUCAUGGAAUCAACUUCUUCAGAUCUCUUCACUGGAUUGGCUUCUUUGAGGAUGGAGCAGCAUCUGAAACUUCAGACUCAAAACAUCACACCUUUUAAGUUCCCUGAUUUUCGGGCUGAUUGGGUUUUUCCAGACCAGUGAUGGCUUUCUUUGAACUGGCUACCUAGAACAAGUGCUUACUGCCUCUUACCAUGUGAAUCUGUAGAACAUUUGCAACUAGACACUUUAAAUAAGUUAUUGAAAUGUCUGUUUUUGAAAAUACAUCCUAUGUAUUUGCUGCCCUAUUUCAAGUGUUUUUAAUCUGGUUUGCAUAACCGGUCCCAUUAAUAAGGAUUUCUUAAGAGAUCCACCUGUGUUCCUUUGAAGACUGCAUUGUUCCUAGAGUCAAAUUGAGGAAUUCUGGUUCUGUAGCCUUUUACCUAUUCUUUUUCUUGUCUGAAUUUGGUGGCUGAAACGUUUCCCCUUCUAGUGUCCUCCAGAUGGUUUGAGAUGGUCACUCCCAACCUGUAGCUCAUGUUGUACAUUAGCAUUAUGACCAGCAAAGUCGGUAGCUUUUACCCAGAUGAUCAGGACAGAUUUUUGGAGACCCCCCCCCCAACCAUGUGCAUAGAAGCUGCAGAUACUGGAGCUGUACCGGAGCAAUUGUUGGAUGCCAGCACUUGAGAUAAUGCAGUGGGUGGGCUGAAGAUUUGGGGUCUCCCUCUCAAGGAUCACAGUCAUGUUUCUUUAUCUGCGUGCUAAUCUUCCAGCUGUUAACUUUGUGAUAUCAAAAGCUGAAACACGAAAACCAUUUGUUACACCGCUUGGCUUGUUCUAAAUUUCCAUUGUAUUUUCCUUUGUGUUAUGCCGGAUAUUAUUUUUUAAGAGAUGCUGGAAGGAAUAUGGGAAAGAACUUUCCAUGUGUUCUAACUCAUGUUGAGACAGUACAGCAUCCUUCUCCCAGCCUGGUGCCCUCCAAGUGUGUUGGACUUCAAGUACAAGGAUUCCCAGCCAGUGUGGGAGUUGUAGUGUAGCACAUUUGGAGAGCACUAGAUUGAGGAAGGUUGUUCUAUAUAAAGAUAUGUAAUAAAUGCUAGUUCUACACCCUCA